GAAUUCCAAUUGGGAAACGCGAAUAUGGCAGCAUUGAAGUGAUAUUGGCGCCAGAUUCGAUGUCACAAUUGAAGGUUCGCGGGAUUGUUUUGAUUUGGUUCUGAAUAUUGUUAUUGACACUGUGAUUUUCGAGAAUGCCUGUCGCAGGCGACGAGAUCGAAACAACGCGGAAGUUCCUGAAAGACCGUUUACAGCGUGACUUCAUAACUUUCCGCGGACAUGAGGAAGAAUGGGAAAAUAUCCGUGGAUUGCUGCGCAGGACGGUUGAAACUGGUGAAUCGAAUUCGGUACUUAUAAUUGGACCCCGCGGCUCAGGGAAGUCCAAGCUUAUUUCAUCGGUGCUUUAUUCCCUGCUAUCCGAAAAGGAUUUCUAUAAAAACGCAUUAAUCGUGCAUCUGAACGGCCUUAUCCACACAGACGAUCGGAUCGCCCUGAAAGCAGCCACAGUUCAAAUGAAACUCGAGAAUGCUGUCGAAGGCAAAGUAUUUGGAUCAUUCGCUGAAAAUCUCUCAUUUCUUCUAGCGUGUCUCAAAUCGGGUGACAAAUCCAAAUCAAAAAGUGUCGUAUUCAUCCUGGAGGAGUUUGAUAUGUUCUGUGCGCAUCAUAACCAAACAUUGCUCUAUAAUUUGUUCGACGUAUCUCAGUCAGCGCAAACACCAAUAUGUGUCUUAGGGAUCACAUGUCGUCUUGAUGUUGUUGAAUUAUUAGAGAAGAGAGUCAAGUCCAGAUUUUCUCAUAGACAAGUAUUUCUAUCUCCAUCAGGAGAUGAUUUUAACGAGCGAGUGGAACUCUUCAAAGAACUAAUGCGAUUGCCUACUGAAAAAGAAUUAAGAGCUCUUGAACCAAGAAGUAUAAAUCUCGUCGACUUAAAUUCAUCCUUGUGCUUUCUACGGAAUAUUUUUGAGCCGAAAAACUAUAAAUUUAGCAAAACUCAUGUUGAAAAAUGGAACAAACAUAUUGAAUCUCUGGCAUCUAGCGUCGCAGUGAAGACAGUUCUCGAAUACCUCUACGAUAUUGAUGUAACCGAAGUUUUCUUUAAAAAUUUCCUCUACCGGUUGGUAUCCAAAUUAAACCCCGACCAUAGUGAACUCACAGUGGACGAUAUUUCCAAAGUAGCAUCAGUCUACAAUACUGAUGGCAAAGUAUUACUCCUGAAUGGCUUAUCCGUUCUUGAGCUAUGUCUAAUAAUAGCAAUAAAACAUCAUUCAACAAUCUAUGACCGUGAUCCCUUUAACUUUGAAAUUAUAUUGGGACGAUUUAACAAAUUCGCAAAGACUAGCACGAGUAUGCAAGGUGUUGAACGGGCAGUUAUUUUGAAGGCGUAUGAACAUUUGAAAAACUUGGAGAUCAUUAGCCCCAUAAGUGGAGGCGCAGCGAAAGUACAAAAAGAAUUCCAAAUGAAUAAAUUAAUGUUGACAUACGGGCAAAUCGACCAGGCUGUUGCGAAGUAUCCCGCUCUACCGACAGAGGUUGCACAAUGGGCGCAAAGUUCAAUAGCAUGAUUACGCCUAACCAGAGUAUUUAAAUAGGGAUCAUAGUAUCAAAUAUUUAUUGUUUUCUAAUUAGAAAUAAGUACUACAUAUAUGGUAUAAUGUAUUUUUGUUCCAACACCAAUUCACUCAAAUAAACCAGAUAUAAGAUCUA